AUGCUGCGCCUCCCGCUCCGCACGGCGGCGGGACGCUACUUGGUGGAAACCAUCCAUGUUUUACAGCUCUUUAAAACACUGCACAGGACUAGACAACAAGUUUUUAAAAAUGAUGCCAGAGCUUUGGAAGAUGAGAAAAUAGGCAAAUAUGGAAAGAUUUUCCCUACAUCACCCUACUUCAGGGGAUAUGGAGCUGGCUUGACUGAAAGUCCACGCAGCAGUACAGAAGGCGGCUCCACCAGCGAGGAUAGCAGCACCGUGCGUGUCGUGCAAGAGUCUGGAAACUCAGUUUGGCGACUCUUUGAAGUAAACAGUUACACUCUGAUAGAGAAAGCUCUGCUUCUGCUUACACUGCCAACUGCAGGAGGCUCCAGUAUUCCGAAGCUGAUGAAAAUAGGUUCCGACGUUGAACUAUUACUCAGAACAUCUGUCGUACAAGGUAUUCACACGGACCGCAAUACACUGACACAGAGUGAAGAGGCUGCUGUUUUCGAUGGGAUUCUCAGAUGCAGGCCCCGUGGUAGAGAUUUGCCUGAAGAGUCUGCGUACGGGCAGCCAUGGGACGUGAGGGGAGCGCAGUGGACAGAGGGAGGAGCUGACCAGCAGCAGAUCUGGGCUGAGGCAGCUGCUGGCCAGACCUGCGUGUGAGGCUCCAGCCGCCGCCACUCCCAGGGUCUAGACCCAGGUGCCUUCUGACCGGGAGCGGGUGCCGUAUGGAAUCCACUGCGCGGAGCAGGCCUUUUUCAUCCUUAAUCACUUUGUUUGGGCAAGAGAUGCAAAACCCAAGAGCCGGCAGCUUGCUCCCUGUUCAACCCAAAGGAGGAGGGGAAGCCUACUAGAAAAACCUUAGUUGUGAUAAGCUGAGAUUCAAGAUGAGUAAACGCCUGGCUGAGUUCAUUUAAUUCAUUCCUUCCUCCUUCCCUUCCCUCCCUUCCUUGUAACGGAGA